CCUCUAUUCUCCAAACAAAAUCAAAAUGUUGACUCACACAAUUUCUAAAUCCAUCUCUAUAGUAACCAUUCUUUUAGCUCUACAAGCUUUCUAUACCAAAACAAAGGCUCAAAACUGCGGUUGUUCGUCAGAGCUAUGUUGUAGUCAGUUUGGAUUUUGCGGUAACACUUCAGACUAUUGUGGUGUUGGUUGUCAACAAGGGCCUUGUUUUGCUCCUCCUCCUGCAAAUGAUGUGUCGGUGGCCGAGAUUGUUACUCAAGAUUUCUUCAAUGGAAUCAUCAAUCAAGCCGAGUCUAGCUGCGCAGGCAAUAGAUUUUACAGCCGAGGAGCUUUUCUUGGGGCCUUAGACUCAUAUUCUCGUUUUGGUAGGAUUGGAUCCGUCGAUGAUUCUAGGCGCGAGAUUGCAUCGUUCUUUGCUCAUGUCACGCAUGAAACUGGACAUUUCUGCUACAUAGAAGAAAUAGAGGGAGCCUCAAAGGAUUACUGCGACGAGAAUGCAACGCAAUAUCCAUGCAAUCCUAACAAAGGCUAUUAUGGCCGUGGACCGAUCCAACUCUCUUGGAAUUUCAACUACGGCCCGGCAGGAACCGCAAUUGGUUUCGACGGCCUCAAUGCACCAGAAACAGUAGCCACAGAUCCAGUCAUAUCCUUCAAGACCGCCUUAUGGUACUGGACCAAUAGGGUUCAGCCUGUUAUCUCUCAAGGUUUUGGUGCAACAAUUCGAGCCAUUAACGGCGCUUUGGAGUGCGAUGGGGCAAACACAGCCACCGUUCAAGCUAGAGUUCGCUACUAUACUGAUUAUUGUCGUCAGCUUGGUGUUGAUCCUGGAAACAACCUCACUUGCUAACAAAACAUAAGAAAGACAUGCUUAAGAAUGUAAUGGCCCAUUAAUGUUUUAGUUUUUGGUCCCUUGAUUAUAUAUAUAGAUGUCCACAGAAUUAAAGAGCCAUUGAGAUGUUGAAAACAGAGCAAACUAACUCUAUGUACAAAUAAUGCUAUGAACUUGUUUCAUCAUUUUUUAGAAAGACAUGGAAAAGCUUUGUUGUGAUCAACGCCAUAGUAAUGAAGAAAGCCUUUGAAAACAUGACCGU